AUUGGCAAUGCCUUUGGCGAUGCUAUGUUACUAGUUAGUACAUGUUUUUUUGGCUUUUUGCCGACAAUAGUUGCUGGAGCCGGACGGCGGCUUUGCUCGGAAGACAGAUGCAGAGUGAGUUUGGCGUUUGGAGUGGGCCCUGUCUCGAAGCUGGGCGAGCCGCGACUAUGAGAAAUCCUCAUGGCAGUAUUAUCCGCUGAGUCUCUCGAGCAAUCUCCGUCCUUGGGCUCAAGUGGUCGCAAAGUACCGGCCAUGGCGUGAGCCUGCAUUCAAUGACAGGCCUGACUAUCAUUGACAACUUCCUUGAUGAGGAUUUGAGGCAUGAACUCCUGGAGAAGCUGCAGCUGCAGGGGCUCAGUGAGUUCGAGGAGGGCAACCUCCUCGGCACCGUGAACCACGGCACGGGUCGCAAAGCGGCGGUUCCGGUGCCCGCGGAUGUGGUGCGGCGGAUGCAGAAAGUCGUGGGCAGCCGUGGCAGGGUGCACGGGAACACUGUGGAGCUGCCGGCGCUCAUGAGCAGAGGCAAUGUCCAGAGCCACCGCGACGCCUGGAACGGCCGACAGCGAGACUUCGUCCAGGGCCUCACGGUGCUGGUGUGGCUGCAGGGCGGCGGCCAACUGUUGCUUCAGGGUGAUGAGCAGCAACAUGUGGUGGAUGCCCUGCCGGGUCGCUUGGUCGCUUUCGACAACAACCGCUUCUCCCACGGGUUCCGCGGCGACGGCGGCAGCCGUGCCAUGCUGGGGCCUAUGGCCUGGCACCGAGGUGGCUCCUUCCGUGCGGUGAUGCAAGUAAGCCAUGAAGAGUUUACCUGGAAGGCAAUUCUUUUCUGCUUUUGCGUUCUCGCUUGCAGCAGCGUUGCCAGCGUGGUCAUCGCCAUUCCCAUAUUUAUCCUCCGCUUGGCUGUUAGCACUGUACGGUCCGCCAUCGUGGCGCCCAUUGCCGCAGCUUUGUGCUCGCUGUGCUGGACCUCUGUUGCCAUUAUUUGCAGUCCUCGGCUGUUCAUGGCUGCCUGCCAUGAUCUGCGCGGAGAUGAGUGCUGCCAGGGGUUCCUGAUGCUUCUGUGGCUACCGUUCCGACCUCUGGCUGUGCUGGUGGCAGCACUCCUGUUCCUUCUAGUCUUCAUACCACUCUGGAUUGUCUCGUCCACAGUUUCCUACUCCGAGAUCAGCCUGCUGAAUUUGUUGGUUGGCGGCGUGGUGGACCUGGACGAAUCCACCGGAGUGUUGGGAGUCCUCCUCGUGCUGAGCAAAGACUGGUGGCACUACAACUGCCUCUCCGAGCCAGAAAAUGCAGCACAGGUCGAGCCAGAGGUUAUUGGAGUACCACAGGAAUGGUCGGAUGUCGUUACGCCCGUCCAGGACACGACAACCGCCACCAAUUUCCGGCUGACCAGAUGCUAUGUCGAGGGGCACGUGAGCAUGAAGGACGUGUGGGAGAUUUGCCUCAGAAGGACAAGGGAUCAUGGCGUAGAGCUGCAUAGCGCAGGCUACAUUACCUCCGAUGAUCUAGACGGCUUGGAGCCGUUUCUUUUCAUUGGUCUGCCUGCCGUAGCCGUGCUGCGCCUCAUCCUGCGCUCGGAGAAAAAGGAGGGCCUGUUCUUCAGCGACCAGAUGCAGGUGACCCACCACAAUCGACCACACAACGCCUUUGCCGACAAUAUUUGGCACUCGGCCAUGAAGACCAAGCGCUUAGCUGCGCAGGCAAGCCCCAUCUUAGAUUCGGAGAUGGACUUCCUGAUUUACUCAGCGCUGCAACGCCCGGAGACAGAGCCGCCUUCCGAGGGCAUUUCCAGCCUCCGGCGCAGCGAGCUGAAGAAAGUCGUCUCCGCUGCCAUUGGCUUGGCGAUCAACGCCUCCCGUUCUGCGAGUUUCAAGGAGUCCAUCGGCUCGGUGCUGCAGGACGUGCUCCUUCAGUCGCGUGGUGAAAUGCCGCGGUGACGGAGGCGCAACCCGCAAUACCAAGUGUGAGCACUCAAUGUGGUGCUCCUGGAUGCACUGAGCAUAGCGCAGGGAAAAAGGGAAUCCAUCUCAAAGGUAUGUGGUAGUUCUGGGAGUGAACCAUAUUGGUAUCACAGCAGUGGCUUUCAAGGACCAUGCCUGAGUGGCUGGAUGCCUGCGAAGCAGGCACCGAGGUGACACGAGGCGC